GGUUUGCUGACGUCGGGCGUGGAGUUUGAGUCCCUGCCUGCUGCCCUGUCUCUACCUGCGGAGUCUGGGCUCUACCCUGUCACCCUGGUUGGGGUCCCACGCACCGCAGGCAACAUCACUGUCAACGGUGAGUCUAGCACAACUUUACCCUUACAAAAUAUGAACACUCCUUACACAGGAAAGGGCAUCAUUGAAAUGGAAAUGGCUUCCUCCCUGACAACUUACUUUUACGAAAUACGAAGAUAGCCUAUUAAUAACCGUUCUUUUGAUUAAAUUAUCAGUCAUUUUGGGUCAAAUCAUGUGCAGAUCUUUCACUAAAAUGUAAAAACAUUGAUGUGUGACGACCGACAGACACAGGCAGACAGACAGACCCUCAUGUUCUCUGCCUCCAUUUUAAAACAGGUUAAAGGAGGACAAGAGACAUGUCAAUUAAUCUCAACUCUGUUAACCUCAGUAGCGUGGGAUAUUAGGAUAGCUUUAAUUCCUAUGAUCUACAUAGUCAUUUAGUCUUAAUCUUGCACAACAGUAAUUGCCUGUAAUUUUGUCACCAUGGUUAAGACAAGUGGCUUGAUUAUCUUUCUCCAGAGGAUGUGGUGGGGGUUAAUAGGGUGUGUGUGUGUGUGUGUGUGUGUGUGCACGUGUGGUUAAUAGAGGAGGGUGACAGAUAGUCUUGUAAACCUUUGUGAUGCCACAGCAGGAGCCCCAACUCUAAACCAAACCAAGACUCACAGCUCUGUUUUUCCCAUUUAUAUAUGAUGAAUAAGUUAGACCCUUAUUCUUUUGAACAGAGGAUGAUUGGGUAGAAAUCCUUCAUAAGUGUUUUCUCAAUGUCACCCUUCGUGGAAUUGAGAAAAGUUAUUGGAGUGCUUGUUAGUCCUUGGUUUUUGAGGUCACUGACUUUUACCUCUCCCUCUCUCUCUUUCUCUCCUCUCUGUAGGCUACCAUACGUCAGUGUUUGGUGUGACCAGUGACUGUCUCCUGGAGGGUCUACCCAGUGUGAGGACCAGUGGCUGUAUGGUGGAGGUCAUUCCAUCAUUACCCCGUCUCCAGCUCAGCACCUCUCUACCA